UGUUUGACAAGUUUGAAUCAAUCAGCGUUGCUUUAAGUUGCGUCUGUUGCAAAGAUCAGCAUCGGAAACGGUGAUGUGAUGGGUUUAAAACUACGCUCAAUAUUUGUGAUAGUCCAAGCGGUGGCUACGAUACAAGCUGUUCAAACUGAAAAUACAUCAGCACAACCGAUGCCGGGAGCUUUCUGCAUCAAUCCUGCCGGCGAACCAGGAAAGUGUAUUUCCAUUCGAGAAUGUGAGCCGCUGCUCCAUAUACUCCUCCACAAAGCGCAAGUGUCAGCGAAAGAGCGAACGUUCUUGAUCAAAAGCAGAUGUAGCAUGCACGAACGGCAGCCUUGGGUAUGCUGUGCAGGUCCACCACCGGACGAACAGAACCCUUUACCAUCACCUCCGCACUGUGGUGUACGCACAGAAACGCGACUCAUUGGAGGCCAACUUACGCAGCUCGAUGACUACCCUUGGACGGCGCUGAUUGAGUACGAGAAACCGGAUGGCAGUACUGGAUUUCACUGCGGUGGAACGCUUAUCAAUCAAGGGCACAUACUGACCGCUGCCCAUUGCGUUAGCACGCUUCCCGCUGGCUGGAAGGUACACGGUGUGCGACUUGGAGAGUGGGAUCUAUCAGAAGCACUGGAUUGUGAACACAACUAUUGUAACAAUGCUCCAGUCGAUUUGCAAAUCUCGAAGAUUAUCAUCCAUGAGGGAUAUGAUGCACUGAACGGCAGCUCCAGCCAUGACAUCGCACUCAUUCGCUUCGAGCAACAAGUGAAUUUCUCGGACACAAUUAAGCCUAUCUGUUUGCCGCUGGCGGAGUCAAUUCGAAGCAAAAACAUGACGGAUGGAAUCAGUACGGUGGUUGGAUGGGGAAAAUCCCAGUCUUCCGCUGGUGUGCCAAAGAGACUGAAGUUGAAUCUUAACGUGAGGGACUAUCGCGUGUGCUCUGCGCUGUUCGUACGGCCAGAAGAAGUGCAGCCAUCUCAGCUGUGUGCGUUAAGGGAGGAAUCUAACAACGAGCUCUGCAGUGCUGACUCCGGAGCUGGUUUAGAGCGGUUUUUCUAUGGCUUCCAGUAUCUUAUUGGGAUUGCUGGAAGUGGAGAACACAAGUGUGGAAGGGGAAAUAUUCCCGGUUUAUUCGUUAGCGUGGCGGACUACGUCGAAUGGAUACAGGAAAAGGUUAGAGAAUGAAUAGCGUGACCUUGAAGUGAAUAAAUGUAUAAUAAUUUGGUGAAUCCGCAUAGUAAGAUAAGUAAGAUGCAUCGUACUAAAAAUAUUUUGAAGAUAUUCUUCAUCGUGGAAGAAACAGAAUAAAACAGAAUCUAAUUUA